CCUCGGAGAAAUGUAGGUAACCGUGUAUGUAAUGUUGACUAAAGGGUUCAAACCUUCUACCCAAAACAUUGAACUUGACCGGGGUAAAUAAUGUUUAAUAAAUCGUCAAGUGGAAGGGCGCGCCGCUAGGAUAAUUCUAGGUGAUAAGUGAAUACUAACUAUGUAAAAGUCGGUCUGAUUAAGUGCCUCUCCACUUCAUACCUCCAUUACCGGACAUGUAAGAACUCAAAUAGCUCUUAUCAGAAGCCGUCUCGGUGCAUCUCGUAGUCUGCCUUUAAUUCCCCUGCUGUAGUUAGCUUGUUACCUUCUCAUUGUGACUAUUCGUCUAUAAGAUGGCGAGCCGUGAUAUAGAGCUUGAUCCCAUUUCUCAUCCUACUACCAGGAUUGGGGUUUCGACGACACCGGAUGAGAGCGGGACUCAACAAGCUGAUUCGCAGCCCGAGGAUGACAGACAAGAAUUCUCGCUGCCACCUGUCGAUGGGGGAAAGGAUGCUUGGCUUUUCCUGGCAGCGUGCUUCGCAAUUGAAGCUUUGGUUUGGGGCUUCCCUUUUGCCUUCGGAGUAUUCCAGGACUAUUAUAGCACCCACGAGCCUUUUGCGGGCUCGCCGAAUGUUGCUGUUAUCGGUACUUGUGCGAUGGGUAUCAUGUACCUCACUGCUCCUCUUAUGAUGGGACUCUGCCGUAUCUUCGCUCGCUGGGCCCGGUGGACGUCUAUAGUUGGGCUAUUCACUAUGUGCCUUGCACUCGCGAUGAGCUCCUUUUCAUCCAAGAUCACACAUCUCAUUGCUACUCAAGGUGUCCUUUAUGCCAUUGGAGGUGGCAUCGCUUACUGUCCUUGUAUCUUGUAUAUAGAUGAGUGGUUUGUACAACGGAAAGGCCUUGCCUAUGGCAUCAUGUGGAGUGGUACAGGCCUCGCGGGAGUAGUACUACCUCUCCUCAUGGAAUUCCUCCUCCGCACUGUCGGGUUCAGGACAACGUUGCGGAUCUGGUCUAGUGUGCUUUUCGCCUUGACAAUUCCGUUAUCGUUCUACAUCAAGCCGCGACUCCCCUAUUCAGCUACCAGUCAUGUUAAACCCUUCAACUUAAACAUGUUCGUGAUGCCGACUUUUUGGUUAUACCAGUUGGCCAAUGUGAUAGAAGCGACGGGAUUCUUUUUACCGGGCAUCUAUCUUCCUAAUUACGCUCGUAGUGCUCUCGGCGCUGCGUCGUAUGGCUCAGCCACUACAAUCCUUUUAGUAAACGUUGCUUCCGUCUUUGGCUGCGUUUCCAUGGGCUUUUUCAUCGAUCGGUUUCACGUCACCACAUGCAUACUAUUAUCGACGAUUGGUGCAACCAUCGGCGCCCUGGUUAUAUGGGGGUUGUCAUCGUCUCUUCCGCUUCUAUACUUUUUCUGUGUUGUCUACGGCUUAUUUGCCGGCUCCUAUACGUCUACUUGGCCGGGGGUUAUGACGGAGAUUGUUCGAAAAGGAGAAGCAUUAGGUCAAGGCUAUAUUGACCCAAGUAUGGUAUUUGGCUGGCUUGCUGCAGGCCGAGGUAUUGGCAACGUGGUGUCGGGACCCCUGAGCGAGAAUCUAAUACAAGGUCUUCCGUGGAAAGGAAACACCGCGCCGUUUGGCUAUAGUAGUGGUUACGGCAGCUUGAUAGUGUUUACUGGUGUGACAGCUCUACUAGGCGGUGCGAGUUUUGUCUGGAGGCGACUGGGCAUGUUGUGAAGUAUAUUAUGGACAGGUACAUAAACUAACCUACCAAACCAAAUAUCCAAUGCAAGCCAUACAUAUUACUUACGUUAG